CAUACACCUCCAAGUUGCCGUUACUAGUAAGUAGGUCGGGGUUGUUCCAGGAUAUGUUCCUGAUACUCACUCGCGUUCUGUCACAUUCCUUUAUUGUCGUGUAAGAAUUCUUAUUCGCCCCUCACGCAGUGAUUUAUGCCACCCUCUUUCAUUCCUAAAUCGUUCUAAAGUUUCAUAAACCUCAAGUUGCCAUGUCUUCUGUUUGUUCUCACUACUUUCAUGUCCCGGGACAGGUCUGCCAAACUCGUCCUGCACCGCUGGUGAAAUUUCACCUCGGAUCUCAUCAAACUAGUAAGACGACAUACUGUUUGUAGCGGAACAAAAACGCCUUGACGUGAACCCCCGAAAAGCUGUGACUCGGGACUCUUCAUAAACCGGGCGCUGUUUCCGGAAUGGUUUCGUGGCUCACCGUUCGUAUUCACCGAGAAUGUGUAAAGGGUCGAAACCUCGCGGCCUAUGCCCCCCUUCACAAUUCAACUAUGACAAUCGUGUACGCCUCAACCCGAAGCAAAUGCCCUUAACGUCAUGCCGCUGCAUCCAAAAGGCAUGGCUAGCCUCUCGUGUCAUUCCUCGCCGUAGAGGCUCAUACCUCAUGCCCGGCGCGCAUCGCCCCAUCAACGAGGAAAACAUCAGAUUAGCCGUCACAAUCACUCGUGGCUGCGUGUUUGACUUGUUUAGAGUCCUUUGGAGUCUCCAUCCAGUUCGCACUACACUUAUGAUGGUCAUAAACGUGGUUCGGGGCAUGUUUCCUGCGUUCAGGGGCUACUCACAAGCAAUGAUUGUUGAUGAGUUGCAAAAUCUAAUCUCGUCUGGUUGCUUCACUUGGUCACGCCUACUGAAGCUCCUCAUCGCAGAAAUAUGCCGAAGAGCGGUUGAAACAGCGGUCGACUCCUUUGCUUCUGCAAAUGAGACCGUAGUUCAUGAUUCGGUGCGCUUUUUUGUGGAAUAUCAGCAGAUUGCACAACGUCUGAGGCUCGACAUCCCGACACUCGCGGAUCCCGUCGUAAGGGACUGUCUACAAGAGUCCGAUCUCUUCGUUAGGUCAUUUAACGGCAUGGGCGGGUUUGGGCUACUGUCGCCGUUCGACUUUGUUCAAAUUCUAGCGCAGAUAUCGGAGCUUGCAUCGUAUCUUUGGGUGCUGUUGACCUUAACGGGUGGCUCUACACACAUGGGUGCUUUAUUGCUAUCUAUUCUUUCCGCCCUAUUCCCUCUUUUCUUGAACCGUUGUGGAAUCGCUUCUUCACAUGCCGACUCAACUUAUACAAGCAAGGAGGCUCGUACUGCGGAACGUCAGGAGAAGCUCCGAAAUUUGGCCUACAAUGAUACCCACCGACCGGAAGUCCUGCUCUUUGGGCUUGGACCAUGGAUACUGCAUUCCUGGGCAAAUGCUCGCAAGGCGAUGAUGUAUGACGAACAUUUGUCUCCACUUAAUCAGCCUUCACUGUCACAAAUACUGCACCAGAUAAAUGUAUCCGACUUGCUGUUCGCGCUUCAGAAUAUUCCAAUGUUCCUGAUGUUUCAGUCCUCAUCUGCGUCACUGGGAUCACUGGCACUGUAUCGGAGCUCAAUUCAGUCGGUGGUUUAUACUGUUGGAAACCUGGUCAAUACAGCUCGUAUGGCAUUUCAAGGAAUAUUUUUCAUGGGUGCCUUUUGCGCUGCCAUGAACAUUGAACCUCGACUGACACCCCUGAGCGAAGACGCGGAAAUGUAUCCUAGUAUAACUAAUGGCAUGAAGAUUGAAGCGAGGUAUUUGAAACAAUCUGUCCCUUCAAGUGAAUUUACCUUCUAUUUCCGCGACAGACAUCUAUCAUAUACAUAUCCUGGAAGCAAGGAGCCAUCACUAAAAGACGUUACAUUUAGUCUAGAAGCCGGCGAAAGUCUUGCAAUAGUCGGGUACAAUGGUUCAGGAAAGUCCACCCUUGCCAAGGUGCUGCUGCGAAUUAUAGAUUUCGACCAAGGUGAUCUCCUUGUCAACGAUGUGGACAUCCGUCGGUUAACUCCGGGCGAUUACCACCGACAUGUCACCACCGUCUUCCAGGGGUUCUCUAAAUACAGCUCGACCGUCAGAGAAAACGUUGGAUUGGGUUAUGUUCAAAAUUUGCAAUCGCCCACGGCCAUCGAGCACGCCAUGCGUCUCGGUGGUUCAGAUGGAUUUGUAAGCGCGUUACCAAACGGAAUGAAAACCAAGCUAGAUGCCUCGGGUUUUGAGUUCAUGCCGUGCUCAUCAGCGUCAGGUUCAUGUCAUGGUAUGUCCUCGCGGUUGCAGCACGGCUUGUCUGGUGGCGAGUGGCAGAGAAUAGCCAUUUCUCGGGCAUUCAUGCGCGCAGAUCGGCCGGAAGUUGAUCUUUUGCUGUUUGAUGAACCUACGUCAUCAUUGGACGGUUGUGCUCAGAACAAAAUUUUCGACACUAUCGACAAGGUUUCUCGCUCUCCUCAAGGCGAAAGACUUAAAACAGUGAUUUUCAUCACUCAUCGUUUGUCAACUGCCCGUCGGGCGGAUAAAAUCGCAAUGAUGGAAAACGGGUCAAUAACUGAGUUCGGCAGUCAUGAUGACCUAUUGAAAAGGGCUGGUUCAUACGCCACACUAUAUAAAGCAUCCGUUUAA